AUGUUUACAUCCGAUUUAAAGCAUUUGUCGAUCCUUCUAGACGCCGUUUCCCAGCUACCGACUAGAACCAUCGGGCAUUCGCAACAUUAUUGGUUGGUGAACGGCCAACAAAGGAAAGGAAGAGAAUCAGUUGCGAUUCUCUCCAUGGAUCUGCAGGACUUCUUGCUUCGCGCUCGAGUGCUGAAGCUUUACAGACAAGCUCUACGGACCGCUCGAAUGGCUCCUCAUGAUUCUAGAGCUGAAUUGAAACAGUUGAUUAGACAAGAGAUGGAGAGUAAUCGAGAUUGCAAGGAUAAACAAAAGAUCCGCUUCUUGCUUAGUGAAGGAACCGAGAGACUGAAAGGUCUGACUGAGAUGCUUGGGAUGCAGGGACAUUGCUAGUGGAAUCAAUGAAGCAGCAUUUGAAGAGGAAAAGGCUCGGGA